GCUCAGUGCACAGUCACACUCCGAGCAUGAUGGAGCUCUACACUGAAGUGGUGGAAUAUCUCAGGUCCUAUGGCCUCUCACCUGUAACAGAGGAUGAGAUGGUGGAUUCUGCCUUAUUACAGGAUGUGUUCAGUGAGGAGACAGACUGGGUUUCUCACAGCCCUCUGCAGACGGAACCACAUUUGCCAUCAUUUCCAACACCCAGUAACCCAGAUGACCUGCUUCAGAAGAGACUGGUGGUUCUGAAAGGUGUUCUGCUCAGUGAGGAGAUCUACCUGAUGGAGCUAGAGACACUACUCACACCCAUGAAAGCUCUGAAGGCAACAGCAGGUACCUCUCAACCUGUUUUGUCCACUGAGCAGGUUCGGACAGUGUUCUAUCAAGUUCCUGAGCUUAGAGAUCUGCACAAAGACUUCUAUACAAGCCUUAGGUCUAGGCUGCAUCCUGAUAGAGGGCUGAAUCAGGACCUCGCCUUACAACAAGGCCUGAGGAUGGAGGAAGAUUCAGUGAUGCAGCUGUUCCAGAUGGACCCUCAGCUGUCCGUAGGAGACCUGUUUCUAAAGUUUGUCAACCAGUUAGCAGUGUAUCGGGGCUUCAUUGAUAAUUAUGAGAAUGCAGUGAAGAUUGUGCAGAAGCGUAUGCAGUCAGACGCACGUUUCAGGACACUUGCAGAGAGUAUGAUGUCAUCUAAAGGGUCAGACAAUAUCAAAACUAAAUACACCUUUGAAGCUCUUCUGUAUAAACCAUUAGACAGAGUGAUGAAAACCACCCUCGUGUUGCAUGACCUCUUGAAGCACACGCCCCCCAAUCACCCUGACAGUGUCUCACUGCAGGAAGCACUUCGUCUCUCCAGCAGCUUCCUGUCUGGGGUCAACGAAAGGUCACAUUGUAAAAGGGCUGUCAUGCUUAGCAGAGGAGAGAGACGUCAACUGAUGCGUGAUGGGUUUGUGGUGGAUGUGUGUGAAAGUGGGCACAGUUUGAGGCACCUCUUCCUGUACACGGACUUGCUGCUGUGUGUCAAACUGACAAAUGCAGGGAGGCAGGCACAGUACAGGUUUUGCUGGUACCUGCCAUUGGUUGGUUUGAAGCUGCAGUGGGCAGCUGAACUGCAGCCUUCAUCAGAAUGCCAAAUGAAAAUCAGCAAAACCAGAGCCAAAAUGUACCAGCUCAAACAAGCACUCCAACAACACAUGAAAGGAAGCAAGGGGUCAGUCUCACGUGCAGUUGAUCGUUUGAGGCGGAAGCUCGAAGAGUGUGAGCUCUGGCUCUUAACACACACACCAUCUUUUACUUUAGAUCUACACAGCACCAGUGGAAAGAGUCACACGAUCCGCCUGUAUUCUUUAUAUGAACUGGAGGACUGGAAAGAGGCCAUUGAGAAACAGAGUGGAAAAAGUAAUGAGACGGUUCCUCCAGACCUGCUGUCUGUGACUGGUUCCUGUAUCAAACUCAGAAUGACUCAACAACCUCCAAUUCAUUGUGUUCAAACAAAUGAGUGUGCAAGAGUGUGUGGGAGGUUAUAUGUGAUGGUGCAUUCGGCGUGUGGUCUACAACACCAGAGUAGUACAUACGUUUGUGUGGAAGUUGACGGCUUUGAGUUUUAUGACAGACAAAAACAAACCUGCCUUUCAACAUCCUGCCUGACACCACAGUGGGAUGAGGAGCUACUGUUUCAAGUGGACGGAGCUCAGCAGCUGUUUCUAGUGUUUGUAUCUCAGUCUGAGACUGACAUACAGGACGACAUCUUGGGCAGAGCUGUGUUAAAAUUAGAUUCUGACAACAUGCUUAGGAAGUGGAAGAAAAUCACUUGUUCUAUGGGUCAAGUUGAGGUAACCAUAUCAAUCAAGUACUUGCCACACCCCCUUGAGGCUCCUAGCUCCAUCCCUCUGGUACAGGAGCCAGUGUUCCGUGUGCAGAUUGGACAAGUGGCAAAGCAAGAAGGUGUGCUGGUCCCUCACAUUGUCCGUUCCUGUGUGGAGGAGGUUGAGAGGAGGGGUCUGAGUGAAGAGGGCAUCUACAGAAUCUCAGGAGCCAGUACUGAUAUACAAGCACUCAAACAUGCAUUCAAUACUAAUUUCCGUGAGGCUGUGAGUAAACUGAGGAGUGUAGAUGUGAAUGCUGUGUCAGGCACUCUGAAGCUGUACUUUAGAGAACUUCCUUUACCACUUAUUCCCUCUGAGCAAUUUCAAGAUCUCUCAGAUGCACUGGACAUUGCUGAUCCAUAUGUCAGAGAAAACAAUAUGCUGACUCUGUUGCAGGCCCUACCAGAUGUAAACCGCAACUCUCUUCUCUUCCUCUUACACCACCUGAGACGAGUUGGGGAGAGGCAGGAACAGAAUAAAAUGUCUUUGAGUAAUUUGGCCACAGUGUUUGGCCCCAGCCUCUUGCGCCCCCCAGUGGAUCGUGUUGACAUAUCCCAAGAAGUGGAGGUUCAGGUUCAUGUGAUUUAUCACUAUCUGCAGUGUCAAAACCUUCCAGAAGCUCUUCUCAUUAAUCCUCUGGACAUUGAAGAAACAGAAACAUGAGAGUUAAACAAUCAGAGUCCUGUCUGUCUGCUUAUCCAAGAAUAUGUAUUCUGUAAAUUUGUAACCAUUUGUUCAUAACUGUUUCAUUUUAACACUUUGACAGAUUAUAUUUUAUUUUCAGAUGUUAAG